AUGAGCACGACACCACCCUCGAAGCCGUUGAGGCUCCUGGCGGCCUCACGGCUGGGUCGUCGCAUCAAGGAGUUCGACAUCAGGGGUAUUCUUCAACCACCCCGCCUGAUGCCCGAGUUCCUCGCCAGCGACGUGGCUGGUUUCUUCCUCCACGUUGUUCUGGCGACAGACUGGUCGUCUUUCUGGAAAACCAGGCUGUUCCAGGCUUUUCCAUUCUCGCAGACGAUCGCCGAGACCUUCACCGAUUUCUGGAGAUCCUUCUGGGACGAGAGGUGGCAUACAGAGAACCUGCUGGAAGAGAGGGCGAGGAAGUGGAGCCCUCACCUUUACAAAGCCAUGCCGCCGCGCCUUCGAACUUAUCGUGAGAUCCUCAACCGACAACAAGCCCUGAAGAACUGUUGCGGUGCGCAGUUUCACGGGCUCGAUACGCCUGAGGUGGCCAGGAACAUGCUGCUGCAAAUCGCCAUGGCCACGUGCUGGAUGUGGGCACUGUUUAAAGACCACAUGGCGGUAGUGUGGCUGCUGGCCGAGAUUGAGAACAGGGCGCAAGGAUAUCGACAAAAGAUUGAGUUCUCUGUGCCUCCGGUCGUUCGAAAGGGGGAGGGAAUCAUGCCAGUUGCCAAAGAUGAGCGACGACAGCAUUGUCUUACCCGCAUACAGGAACGGAUUGAUCGCGGGCAAGGCCUGAUUACCAGAUUUAUGGAGCUGGAACUAUGCCCAGUUGAACGGGAUGAAGACAUCUGGAGUGAGGACGAGUGGCUGGUUGAGAAGGAUGGCGAGAUACCCGCAGAUAUGCCCGAUGAAGACCGCUUUCUCGUGAAUCGCGUCGUUUUCUCGGCCGGUCUGUCAUGGUUCAUGGUAUCGAUCAGCUGUGACUUUGCGACGUUCUACCUUUCUGUCCUCCUGUUUCGCCUGAGAAGUCGUGUACUUGGAUGA